ACCUGAGAUAAACAAAUGAAGGAAGAGAGGGAGACAAGAGACACAUAGGCAUAGAAAAGGAAGAAGACGAAGCAAAGAGAGAGACAGAGAGAGGCAGGAGGUGCAGCGCGUGACCAUUCAAGAGCGUGAGGGCACAGACGCUAUUGUAAUGGGCUCAUGUGAUAGUGACGGAGCAUUUUCAAGGAUUACAGGUCCCGAGGUGGGCGGCUGGCGGUGGCCUCACUCUUCGGUCAGCGCGAUACAGGCUCCAGUCUACUCUCGCUCUUCCCUUGUGCUUCCAGGAGUCAGCCUUCGCCGCCCCUCCCUCCCCACCUCGACCCUCAGGACAUCGACCCCCACGUCUGCUUUAGGAGGGAUUGCCACCCGCCUUCAGGAUGGGCUUCAAAACCUGGCUGAUUUACAGGUGGAAGCAGAUAUGCGCGGCCUGUGUGUUGGGCUGCGCAGUGAUCAUGACGGGUAACGUGGUGGGGUGGUCCGUGGAGGUGUCCCGCAUCAUGGAGGACCCCAACACUAGCUUCAACUUCACCCAAGACGAUCAUCAGUGGCUGGUGUCAUGUGGAGGAAUUGCAGCCAUCUUCUCCACGGCCGGGGCUGGCAUGCUGGUGGAGCUGGUGGGGCCCUGCCGUCUGCUGGGCUUCAUGCUGGUGCCCGCGGCUAUCGGCUGGAUCCUCAUGGCCACCACGCUCUCCCUGCCCUGGAUAUACGUGGGGAGGGUCAUCACUGGGGCUAUAGGGUUCAUGAUCACCACUGUGGCUCAGCCCGUGAUAGCAGAGAUGUGCCUGCCUGACGUGCGUGGUCUCCUUUCAUCCCUCACUGAGAUCAUGGUGAGCGUGGGUAUGUUGCUUGUGUACAUCUUGGCGCGGUUCCUCUCCUGGCAGACCACCACCCUCAUCUGCGGCGUGCUGCUCUUCCCGCUCGUCACCGCCAUCCUCUUCGUGCCGGAGUCUCCCUAUUGGUUGCUCCGGCGAGGCAGGGAGAAGAUGGCACUGAGGUCCCUCAUGCGUCUCCGCGCCCCAGAACACGAUGUUGACUCUGAACUCAAUAACAUCCGGGAUGCGAUCAACCAGCAAACUCAGCACAGCUCCAUCAAACAGCAGUUCCGCUCGCUGAAGGAAACCGCCAACUACCGCCCCGUCGUCCUUGUCACCUCCAUGUUCCUCCUUCGCGAGCUGGGCGGCGCUAUGAACAUCUUUAUGUACGCCGUCUUCUUCUUCGAGAAUGCCGGAGUCAUGCUCGAUCCCUUCUCCUGCUCCAUCGUUCUCGGAUUCUCCCGUCUUAUUUUCACCGUCAUCUCUGCAACUAUUAUCGAUAAAGUGGGGCGCCGUCCUCUCCUCCUGAGCUCCACCCUCAUCUGUUCCCUCACCCUUUACAUCACUGGUGGCGUGCUGUCCAUGGAGGAUCAGGGUAUUGGGUGGCUGCCCCUGGCGUGCGUGGUGCUGUACGUGGCGUCCUUCGGCAUGGGUGUAGGUCCCGUGCCUUGGAUCCUCCUUGGCGAGCUGCUGCCUACGCCCGUCCGCUCCAUCGGCGCCUCCAUCGUCACCUCAGUCUUCGUCAUCGUCCUCUUCAUCGUCACCAAUGUUUUCCCCGACGUGGCCACGGCUAUUGGAGUGGAGAACGCCUGCCUGAUCUUCGCUACCUUCCAACUCAUCCUCGCUCUGAUUGUAUUCCUGUUCGUGCCGGAGACUCGCGGCCGCACCCUGGAGGAGUUGCAGCAGGCAUUUGUAGGCAACGAGCUGCUCACGCCCUUCUCCGGAACAGGACGAGAAGGAUACACCCCGGCUUACGGCUCCACUUUUCCCUCUGGCAUAUCCAUCGCUUCCUCCCAAGAAAAGGUCCGCUAGAUCUUCACUAAGGCAGCAGCAGGCGCGCUAUGACACCCUGCCGCGUCUGUUGCUUGUUUGUUUCGCUUCCCGAUGAGUUUACGGAUGUCAGUCAGCAGUAUUUUCAAACACUUCACCGGUUUGCCUUGACUUCUCUCAUCAGGCUCCAGUGGAAAUUCUUUAGUAAGGUUUCAAGAGUGUUUUUGUGAUUCUAGUGAUAGUUUAGAAAGAUUUUUACACCUUAAGUGGAAGAAAACGGUCUUGGAAAUCGGACUAAUAAUGUCUGUGGUCUAUGAAAGUUGUCUUGUUGAGGACGUAUGUGAAGCGUCUCAAAAUACUACGGCCCUAGAUGUCUGUGUGUGCGUUGCCUGUAUUCACAACACAUCCACUAUUAGUUGAUGCAAAGAUUAUGUAUGAUAAGAUAUUCUGGUGUGAAAAUGUUGCAUGUCUUUCACCUGUAUAGUAGUAAUUAGUGAUCAUCAAGCACAGGUAUAUAAGUAUCUCGCCUUAGCUCAAACACAACACGAUCUCCCCCAACCUCUCUCUCUCUCUCUCUCUCUCUCUCUCUCCACUUCUGGCACAUGCAAACAUCAUUCCUCUUUCUCCAGCUGGACGUACCUUUCAGAAGCACACUCCCUUCACACCAAGACAGGUUAGGCCAAGGAGUAAAGCUCUACCAUUUUGCACCAGACUGAGCGGCGGAUGCACAACUCCUCUCCUCCCCCAACAGGUGUUCUGUGUUGCCAUCUUGCUCUGUUACUCACACCUAGCUGUAAUAAAAUGUCCUGAGACUCACGCACUCAUCAUCUCAUAUCACACGCUUCCUCAAUGGCCAAUAGAUCAAUGAAUAUUU